AGUCCGGACACUUUCACCCCCUUCCAGUCCAGACACUUUCACCCCCUUCCAGUCCGGACACUUUCCCCCCUUCCAGUCCGGACACUUUCCCCCCGCCCCCUUCCAGUCCGGACGCUUUCCCCCCCCUUCCAGUCCGGACGCUUUUCCCCCCUUCCAGUCCGGACACUUUCACCCCCUUCCAGUCCGGACACUUUCCCCCCCUUCCAGUCCGGACACUUUCCCCCCUUCCAUCCCAGACACUUUCACCCCCUUCCAGUCCGGACACUUUCCCCCCCUUCCAGUCCGGACACUUUCCCCCCCUUCCAGUCCGGACAC